AUGAAAGUAAAUCGUACGAAACUGUUGAUAGUAUCGGGUAGCGUCUUCGUUUUUGCCAUCCUGAAUGGUUGGUUAAUAUUUCCGAAAAUUUUGAAAUUUAUUCUAAAGAAACAGGUUAAUCUGAAACCGGGUUCUGAUAUUCGUGAGCUGUGGGAGAAUACCCCAUUCCCGUUGCAUUUUUAUUUUUAUGUUUUUAAUAUAACAAAUCCCGAAGGGUUUAUGAGGGGUGAAAAGCCGUCGUUGCGUGAAGUUGGCCCUUUUGUUUUUGAGUAGGUUUCGGGUUUUUGGAGAUUUUAAGAUUUAAAAAAAAUAUACAUUUUUUGUAUAAUUUCAAGUGAAUGGAAAUCGAAAUACGAUCUAGUCGACGAUGACGAAGAGGAUACGGUUUCGUAUAAUAUGCGCAACGUUUUCAUUUUUAACAAGGAGGCAUCUCAGCCAUUGACGGGUGAUGAAGUUUUGAACAUGAUGCAUCCAUUGGUUGUGCCCAUUUCAGUUGUUGUCCAGCGGGAGCGUGCCGCAAUGUUGGAACUAGUCUCCAAGGCCAUUGACAUAGUUUUCAAAGAUCAAAAAGCCAUUUUAACAGGGACAUUUAUGGAAAUAUUCUUUCGAGGCAUUAGUGUGGAUUGUUCAUCGGAUGAAUUUGCCGCCAAGGCGUUGUGUACCGCAUUCUAUACGGGCGAAGUGAAACCGGCAAUACAGGUUAAUGAUACGCAUUUCUUGUUUUCGUUUAUGGGAAAGGCCAAUAACUCGGAUGCUGGACGCUUCACGGCCUGUCGUGGUGUUAAAAAUGUCCACAAGAUGGGUACCAUUUUGAAAUUUGCCGAUGAGCCGGAACAGGAUGUGUGGCCGGGAGAUGCUUGUAAUCAAUUUAAGGGUACCGAUUCGACAGUGUUUCCACCAUUUCUGCAUCAGGAUGAGGGAUUGUGGGCAUUCACUCCCGAUUUGUGUCGUUCGCUGGGUGCUCAUUAUGUUCGCAAGUCCUCAUAUCAUGGUCUGCCGGCUAGUUAUUUUACUUUGGAUUUGGGAGAUAUAAGGGGCGAUCCGGAGCUCCACUGCUUCUGUGAUGAUCCCGAGGAUUUGGAUACAUGUCCACCCAAGGGCACCAUGAGUUUACAAGCCUGUGUUGGAGGGCCUUUGUUGGCCUCUAUGCCUCACUUUUAUAAUGCCGAUCCUGCCCUGGUUGCCGGUGUGGAUGGUCUAAAUCCCAAUGAACAUGAUCAUGCAGUAUAUAUUGAUUUUGAACUGAUCUCUGGCACCCCCUUGCGAGCCGCCAAACGUUUACAAUUCAGCAUGGACAUAGAACCGGUGCCAGGCAUUACUCCUGUAGCCACUAUUCCUAAGGUGGUACUGCCCAUGUUUUGGGUCGAAGAGGGUGCUGCGCUGAAUAAGACCUAUACAAAUAUGCUGAAAUACACGCUAUUUUUGGGUCUCCGCUUUAAUGCAGGGUUACGUUGGACAUUGAUAACCCUAUCCCUGGUUGGCUUGAUGGCCAGCGGUUAUUUGUUUAUGCAGAAGUCCGAGAGUUUGGAUAUCACCAUACCACCAAAAAUGGGGGAUAAUAAGGUAAUGGCUAUCAAACGUGUCAUGCCACCGGCGGAAAAUGAUACACCCGAAAAAAUGUCACACCCGUCACCACCACCUUUGUCACAGGCAGAUCUAUCAAAUCCCAAGGUGGAGAAAUAUUAA